UCUAACAUAAUUUCUUCACAGUUUAUUCCAACAUUUUGAUAGAGUGCAAACAUCUUUCUUGGAAGAUGCAUCGUGACAUACAGAAAAUGAGGGAAAUUGCCCUUGUUUACCUUGACAGAAGUGGUGGUCUUCAGAAAUUCGUGCACGAUUGCAAAAAAUAUAAUGACUCAAAACAAAGUUAUGCUGUUUAUCGUUUUGUUAUUUCAAUAAAUCCUUCUGAUAUUGCUGAAUUAGAUGCAACUCUUGGAAACUACAUUCUUCAUAGUCCUAUACAAGCUGCACAGAUUUUUCAGUCAGUAUGUUUCAUAGCUAGUAAGACAUUAUCAUUAAUUGAACAACUGCAGACAGAGGCGCAGAUUAGUGUACUGCUGAAACCAACACAUCUACCACCUUUACCAAGUUAUGUCCUGAGUCUUUCUGCAUUUCCCUUUAAUUACACAUCUAAAAGAUUUUAUAUGUCUGAAGGGAUAGCGAUUGCAAUGGGAACUAUAACAAAAUAUACACAAGGAGCAAGAUUUCUUUGUACUGAGGAAACCUGUCCAUUUUCUGAAGGAUUUAGGUACAUAAGAGUGCAUCUGCCUGGAGCUACAGAAUCUGCCACAGUGAGGAAUGAUUUUGUGUGUAGUUUGUGUUCUUCGCUGCUGCAGGAAGACAUGAAAUUUAGAGUACUUGGUGAUAAACAAAUAGUUGAAAUGAUUGAUGCAAAAGUUCUUAAUGCUUUGAAAGGAUAUUCCAAUGAUAAAUCACAUUUUAGGAUUCAGACAUUUACAAUUUUCUUGAGAGAUGAACUGGCCAACAAAAUGAAAAUAGGAAACCACUACAAGAUUAUAGGAAUUCCAGCUUGUGUACAGCAUGGCUUACAAGCUACAGCAUGUAUAGAAGUCAAUAGUGUACAGCUCUGUAAACCAAAUGGUCCUUCUUCUGUCGGUGACAAUUUUAAGUAUCUGUUCUCACUGACGUCAAGUUCAUGCUGGAGUUUUACUGCCAUCCUUGCCAAUAUCUUUGCUUCUCAAGUUGUCCCACCAGGCACUUACAAUACUCUUAAACUUGCAAUAUUGAUGAGUCUAGUACAGACAUGUGAAAAAGAAAAUGCAGAUUAUCUGGAUCUGUUGAUUGUGACAAGCGACACGCUAGUAAUUGAUAGGCUUCUGAAUUACAGCCUAUGUCUUCUGCCUCGUGGCAUACGACACCCACCUUCUAGUGAAAUUUUUCCUUCUGUGUCCAAAGAUAAACACGGAACUGGAAGUGCUAGUAUUCAAGCUUGCAGCGCUGUGCUGGCUAAGGGUGGUAUCUGUUACAUAGGAGACUUAUCUUCAUAUAAAAAGGAUAAACUUGAACCUCUACAGUCCGUGCUAGAGAGCAGAACAACAACAGUAUUCAUUCCUGGGAAGAAGUACGGAGAAGAGGCUGACCAACAAGUUACUAUUUCAGUUCAGACCAAUUUUUGGUCUUUUGUAGAUUCUUCCUCAAAGAAACAUACACAAAAGGAUAACUUUUUAAUUGGACAGAUGGACAUGAAUUUGAUUCCACCUAACCUUUUAGAUGUUUUUGGGCUUUUGAUAUACAACGAGUUUCCUUCAUGUCAACUAUCUUCUCCUCUUGUGCAUCAUAUCUUGAAAAAAGCCAUUAAUCCUGAAGCCAUGCUGUACAAAGUCUCGCAGCAGUUCAGAAUGCAGGAUUUUGAGGAGUUUAUUUUGUUUGCUAAAAAUCUUCAUGUUGAACUGAGUUCAGAAGCAGAAAACCUCAUUCAGGGCUACUAUCUUGCAAGUCGCAGAGUGAGAAGAGAUUCUACUCAUGGAUCAACAUUAUCAGCAUCUGCACUAAAAAUUCUGAUUUCACUGUCUAAGGCUCAUACUAAACUAAGUUUAAGAAAGAAAGUACUUGAGGAAGAUGCAUUGAUUGCCAUCUUGUUCCUUGAAUCAUCUCUUACCCUAAAACAUGGCAAGUCUGCAUUAUGCAUAACACCAAAUCCUGUAUUUCCAUUUGACCUCAGUGAUGAGAGCUCCCUGCAACAGAGAGAUAGUUACCUAAGGCAGUGUCACCAUCAACUGCUAAAGUUUAUUGGUGCAUAUGGCCCAGGCAUUCACAUGAACACUAAUGAGGAGUGA